ACGAGGGAAAUGGACCGAAAAACUGUACUUCUCAACUCAAGUGCCUUCAGUUUGGAUUAAGGUGAGCGUCGGCGUCUGUAUUACCUUGACUGUAGAUAACACCAACCUGAUCUCAGUGAUGGAGUACCUGUGGAUCAGCACCAUGUGGAAUACAUCACAGAAAAAGCAUCAGCUUUAAGGAAAACUGAGGGGAUUUGACCAAGAAGUGACUGCAGCUUGUAGACCCCCCACCCCCCCUUUUUUUAAUUUCCCUCUCCACAUAGCUUCUAACCCCAGAACAGCCAGGCUACUAAUGAGCAAGUCGAUGUGUGGCUGUGGCUGCAGCAUCAUCUCUUCUCUGAUGAAGAGACUGGGCCGCACAGCUUGCUGCUCAGAUCUCCUCUCCUGCAGCCAUACUUCAGAACAGCUGCAGCGGCUGGCAACUGGCUGCCCUCCUCAACCAAAGCAUGUCAAGCCCUUCCCCUCUUCAGACAGCCUAGCGAAGGUCCAGGAGGUAGCAAGCUGGCUUUUGGAAAUGAACCAGGAUCUGCUGUCGGGGGGCAGCAGCAGCAGGCGGAGUCGGGGGCCGGGGGGUCCGGCAGUGCGAGGUAACGCCUCCUCCACGGCCCGGGCACCCCAGCAGGCGGCAGAGGAGGGUGAUGAAGAUGAGCACAUGAACCGGGUAGUAGAGGAGGACGAGCAGCUGCAGCAAAGGCCUGAGGCAUCGGUUGACGAUGAGAGAGAACAACCAUGGGCGCCCAGCGAGUCAGGAGCCAGCAACGGCCCCCGGGGAGACGAGGAAGGAGAAGAGGACGCAGAGGGCCCGCCAAACGAAGUGAACGGAGGAGAGAAGGGAGCCCGAUGGGUGUGGGGGGCAGAGCAGAGGCGACUGCAAGGCCAGCCGCUGGGCGAAGAAGACGAGGAGGAAGAGGAAGAGGAGGAAAACAACAACAGCAGCAGCCACCAAGAGGAGGAGGAGGCGGAGGAGAGGACAGAGGGAGGGGAGGAGCAGGGGAGGGAGGAAGAGGAGAGGGAAGAGGGCGAGGAGGAAGAGGAGGAGGAGGAGGAUGAGGAGGAGAUGGACCAAGACAGUGAUGACUUUGAACAUUCGGCAGAGAGUGGGAGGGAGGAGGAAGAAGAGGAGGAAGGAGAAGGGGAGGAAGGGCUGCGGUCUCCCUCUCUCAGGAACAAUGUGUCUACCCCCAAUAACAACCUGGACUCGGGUUGUACACACCAAAGCUCUUCCAACAAGAAGAUGAAGAGAAAGUUGGACCAUGGCCCUGAGGUCCGAUCUUUCCCUUCAGGCAAAAAGCCCUGCAAAGGCACAGAGUAUCCCAGCCCGACAGGAAUCGUCCCGUGUCCAGCCACACCCACCACGUUCGGUCACAUAAGAACAGCCAAUGGUCAGGGGCAACAGAGACGGCGUAUCACCUCAAUUCAGCCACCUACGGGUCUCCAAGAAUGGCUCCGAACAUUUCAGAGCUGGACUGGCCCGGAGAAGCUGCUGGCACUGGAUGAGUUGAUUGACAGCUGUGAGCCCACACAAGUCAAGCAUAUGAUGCAGGUGAUCGAGCCGCAGUUUCAGCGCGACUUUAUUUCCCUGCUGCCCAAAGAGCUGGCUUUGUAUGUGCUGUCAUUCCUGGAACCGAAGGACCUCCUCCAAGCAGCGCAGACGUGUCGCUACUGGCGCAUCCUGGCAGAAGACAACCUGCUGUGGAGGGAGAAAUGCAGGGAAGAGGGCAUCGAUGAGCCUUUGCCCCUUAAGAAGAGAAAAAUCGUCAAGCCCGGUUUCACUCACAGCCCCUGGAAGAGUGCCUACAUCAGGCAGCACAGAAUAGACACUAACUGGAGGAGAGGGGACCUCAAAUCACCCAAGGUGCUGAAAGGUCACGAUGACCACGUGAUCACCUGCCUCCAGUUUUGUGGCAACCGCAUCGUCAGCGGCUCUGACGACAACACGCUUAAAGUCUGGUCGGCUAUCACAGGAAAGUGUCUGCGGACGUUGGUGGGCCACACAGGCGGCGUAUGGUCAUCCCAGAUGCGGGACAACAUAAUUAUCAGCGGCUCCACUGAUCGCACACUCAAGGUCUGGAACGCAGAGACAGGAGAAUGUAUCCACACCCUCUAUGGGCAUACCUCAACAGUGCGCUGCAUGCACCUACAUGAGAAAAGGGUGGUCAGUGGUUCUCGCGACGCCACGCUGCGUGUCUGGGACAUUGAGACGGGUCAGUGUUUACACGUCCUCAUGGGCCACGUGGCGGCCGUGCGCUGCGUCCAGUACGACGGGCGGCGGGUGGUCAGCGGUGCCUACGACUUCAUGGUCAAAGUGUGGGACCCCGAGACGGAGACCUGCCUCCACACGCUGCAGGGCCACACCAACAGAGUUUACUCGUUACAGUUUGAUGGGAUCCACGUAGUGAGCGGCUCAUUGGACACGUCUAUAAGGGUCUGGGACGUGGAGACGGGCAACUGCAUCCACACGCUAACAGGGCAUCAGUCCCUCACCAGCGGCAUGGAGCUCAAAGACAACAUCCUGGUCUCAGGCAACGCAGACUCCACUGUCAAGAUCUGGGACAUCAAGACGGGCCAGUGCCUGCAAACACUGCAAGGUCCCCACAAGCACCAGAGCGCCGUCACGUGCCUGCAAUUCAACAAGAACUUUGUCAUCACCAGCUCGGACGAUGGCACGGUCAAACUGUGGGACCUGAAGACGGGCGAGUUUAUCCGUAACCUGGUGACUCUGGAGAGCGGUGGCAGUGGCGGUGUCGUGUGGCGCAUCCGAGCCUCCAACACCAAGCUGGUGUGUGCGGUCGGUAGCCGCAACGGCACAGAGGAGACCAAGCUGCUGGUGCUGGACUUUGACGUGGACAUGAAGUGAGAGGGGAUGCAGAGGGGAAGCAUGAAGACAGCAAACCAUGGAGAGGAAGGAAAAGAGGGGGGAGCGAGAAGAGGCACCUAGAAACCAGAGGGCCAAAGCCCAGAACUCUUCACCCAAACUCGCAAAUCUACAACCACCACCACCACCAGUGGGCUGUCCUGUCCUCUGCCAUUACCUUCCCCGUCCCCUUUUGGGCAAAUGUUACUGACAAAGCCACAGACCCUCACAUGUGUUCAGCCCCGGCUUUUGACCCCCCCCUACCACCAGUACGAGGUGGAGUCGGAGGGGAUCGGGCUGGAAACGGGGCAGGGAAGGGGGGGCACGGCCAAUCUGUCCCUUGAUUGGCUGGGAGAAAGAAGAGAAAAGAGAGAAAGGAAGGAACAACUGAUGCUGACUGAACUCUUCUGAAGUGACUCUCCACCCUUUCGGUUUGGGGGCGGCUUCGCACAGAGACUUUGUUUCACUCAAGCCGGACAGACUUUGAGAUGUACAGAGAUAUAUUAUUUUUUAAAAGACCCCCCACAACCCCCUCCCAUCAGUGCGCGCCCGCAUACACACACACAUACACUCAAGUGGCCAACCCGGAAAGUGGUAAAUGUUGACCUUUAGGAUACGAUUGAGGAGUGGGAGACAUUUUAGAGAUGAAUUUCCACACACACACACACACACACACACACACACACACACACACACAGACACACACUCACACACACAGUUACACCUGAAGAGCUGCUUGAUGUAGAGGAGAGAAAGCGAUUGGCUUCCAAACGUGAAGGGUUCAGCCUGUAAUCAGGCUCGUUUCUUGUCACUCCAUUUCCGUUCUUAAUGUUCUCCACUCGGUUCCUGUAGUUUCAGUUCUUUACAAUAUCGCACACAAACACAACUGUGAAUUUCAAUACCAUUUUGGUUUAUCAUAUGAAAAGGGGUUUCUCUUUUGUUGUUGUUUUGUUUUUUUUCUUUCCUUGACGUUGCCAACAGCAACAAAUCCCAGUAUUAGAACCCACUCUGUUUAGGUUUGCUGUCAUUAUGUCACAAGUUUGUUUUUCUUUUUUUUUGUCUUUUUAUUUGAGUUGUUUGUUCUUCCUUUCUGUUUUCUACAUACAUGGGUUUGGGGCUCCGUCUCCACAUAGACGUCAAUGCUGUCCAGAAUUUUUCAGUCUUGCUGGGGUGGUUUCCUUGAUGCCAGUGCUGUGAGGAGAGGAAGUAAAGUUUCUUAACUCUAAGCGCUGUGGAAUAUUGCCCCUGCUCCCCCUCCAGCCCCUUCCCCUUUAGUGUUUUCCCCCAGUGGCCAAACUCUAUUUAUGCUGCUAGAUGAAUGGGGGGGAAGAAAAGAGAUGGAACUUUUACUUGCUGUGACGUUUUAGUCCCAGGCGAAAUUCCAAAUUGAACUCUAUAUGUUUGGACUUUAAGACACAGAGUAAAACAAACGAUGACAAAAGAUAACAUCCAACAUUUUUUUGUUUUAUUUUAUCUGUUUUUUGCCACUGAAACUUGAGCCAAACGUGCCUCUACGAGGCUGAGAGGAGGGAGCGUGUCCGACAGAUACUGACGGGAUUGCCUGCAGAGAGGAAACAAGGGGAUGUACACUGUUGGCGUGCGUGUGUGUGCGUGCAUGAGUGCGUGUGUUAGCGUGUUAAUGGGCAACUUGUAAACACAUUCCUUGGGACAACGCUCUUUCAGCCUGUCCUUUGGGGAAAUGUACAAAUGCUGUGUGGACUGGCAAA